GAUCGCACAGUAUGGGGUUAAAGUUAAAUGCUGGGUGCGUCUUUAGGCGAUGCGGGGGAAACGCCUUGCUGCGAUUGAUCGGUUUUUCAGUGCAACAUUUUAAAUACGAAAGUAGCCCUAUCGCAGAAGUUUCCGCAUUUAGCUGUACAGUGUUUUGAUUACAUGGUGUUAAGAUUGUCGUGGCUUCUUCAUAUUUUUGUGAUUUGUAUGUGUGUGAGCAAGGUGUAAUACAUUAUCUAAUUACACAUUUCGGUAGUACAUUAUUGGCGUUAAAGCGGCGCUAACUUUUUGCUGAUGGUGCUUUUCUGGACAGCAGCUGUUGAAGACUGUGAAUUCUGUUUUGGCCUGAAAUCGUAGCUUUCCUUAGGUUAUUUAUCACCCUUGAGAAGGAUUUUGCUUUAACGGACGCUUACAAACUGGAUUUGCAAAUAACGAAACUGCGAUCUGCCUAAAAGACGCGAUGGCUGAAUCGAACUGGAAUGCAGCUCAGGAUUUAACAGAUUUUAUGGAAACUACGAUGCAGAAGCUUCAGAAAAAGUUUCAGGACAUGUCUGACCAGCUGGUCUCAAGAAUGGACGAAAUGGGAACCAGAAUUGAUGACUUGGAGAAGAAUGUUGCUGAUCUCAUGAAACAGGCAGGGAUGGAAGAGCCUCAAUCUUCAAAAUGACUUUGUACAGGCCAUAUACGUGUACAAAGUUAACGUUUGUAAAUUGCUUAAGUACAGAAAUGUUCAGUACUAUUUUUUUUAAAUGCAAAUGAACCAUAACGUGAACAGAAGUGCCUUUAGUGUUAAACAACAGGAGUGAAGUAGUUAAAAACAGAAAUAAGUACAAAUUCAAAACCAAAACGUGUUAGCUGCAUCUGACAAAGGUUUGUUUUCUUAAAAGGGAUUCAUUUUGUAUUUGCCACUGCUUUGUGAUGCAAUGGACAACAUCAUCAGCACAAUUCCACACAAGGACCAAACAUCAUGCAUAGAUACUCCUCUCUUGUAACAUUCUAAUUUGAUCACUUGCCAGCUAUUUUUAAAUAGAAUGAUACACAGAAAACAUUUUUUUCAAAUAGUUUAUUUUGACUAGAAUCAACUUCUCCACCAUUUUGCAAAUUGCAAAGGAUUCAUUAUGUAAAAAAAACACUUAAACGUUGA